AUGGCUCGCGGUAUGCAGAAGGCCGCCAAGGCCGCCUCGAAUGUCUUCUCAAUUAACCAGAAAUAUUCCCUCCAGUCCACCGGUAUCUGGGAGCGAAUCCGCCGUGUCCUUGCCGUUGAUCCCGACCGUUCCACUGGUAUCCCAUUGAAUGCGCAAUUCCGUCUUCCUACCCCUGGAGCUCUUCCUCCUCUGUCCUAUGAUGACCCCGUCACCGUCCCAGCUGCCGAUCUUGCCGACAACCCUUACUGGAAGCGCGAUGUCCGCCGCAGCUACCCCCAGCUGAGCACUUUCACCCAGGCUGAUACCGUGAGCCUUCUCACUGUUGGCAGCCAGGCUGCCCCCAAGGACGAUAUCCUGCAGCUCGGUGAAGCUGGCAAGCAGCAAUUGGUCUCAGUGAAGGAAGAGGCCAAGGAGCGGGGUUUGGCCGCUCUAUUCGAGAAGAACGAGAACAUCAUCCAGGGUGUGCUGGCCGCAAAUGGCUUGCCUCCUACACCUUGCAACAUCAACCCGGUUGCUAAGUCACAACAGUCGCAAUACCUUCUGAAUGGAGAGGAAGGCUACCCUGAUGUUUACCCUUGCCGCACUUUUGCUUAA